CAUGGCGUCGGGUCUCACGGCAGCGAUGGAAUCGGAGGACCUGACAGCCCAUCCUGGAUUCUGCAAUGACAGAUAUUCAAUGCUGAUUGUCAUCGGCGCGCUCUAUAGACCGCAUUUACUGGACUAUGUUGUGGUGGAGAUUGAGCGAGGUAUCCGUGCAUGGGAUGUAGACCUGACAGUGUGUAACUUGGACGAGCAGCUGAAGCUUUUUAUUUCUCAGCAUUCUUCUUAUGAAUCCAAGGAUAUAAGAGGUCAGAAGACAUUUCAUUUCAGUUCAGAUGUUCUGGACAUUAAAGUUGUAGUGAAUCCAUCUGAAGGGGUUCUCUACUCUGAGGUUCACAGCUUGAUAUCGUCCAUACCUCGACACAAGUUGCUGGUGCUCACAGGACAGUCUCUUGAAGACUCUGGAGAUCUGGUCUUGCACACGGGGCAGUUCACUCCAAAUGAUUUCACCCAGAUCUUUUCAGAUGAAGAGAUUCAAGCUUUGUUAAACUCUGUAAGUUCUCAUGGCAAAGCAAACCUCAUCUUAAGCUGCCCUAAAACUGGAAAAUGGAAAAACUCUGUGCUUGGGAAGCACAACAUAAAUGACAUUAUUGAAAUUAAGGUGAAUCCCCUAAUGGUACUACCAAAAAUGGGGGGCCUUCAAGAGUUCACGGACCACCUUUUUGAAUCCUUAGAGUCACAGUCUCCAUUUGACCUCUUAGAGCCUCCUGGCACAGUGGGAUUUCUCAAGCUAUGUCGUCCAUGCUGUUAUGUCUUUCCAGGAGGGAGAGGUGACUGUGCCUUUUUUGCUGUCAAUGGCUUUAAUGUUUUGGUCAACGGUGGAGCAGAUCCACGCUCUUGUUUCUGGAAACUGGUCAGGCAUUUGGACCGUGUUGAUUCAGUGCUGCUUACACAUGUUGGAAUAGACAACCUGCCAGGAGUUAACAGCCUGUUGGAGAGGAAAGUCGCAGAGCUUGAGGAAAAUAAACCAGACUCACAGGAAAAGGAGCAAUGGGUGAAGAAUCUAAUCUCUCCAGAGCUUGGUGUGGUUUUCCUCAAUGCCCCUAACCGGCUUAAAAAACUUCAGGGUGAUCCUAAUGUACUACGAAGCAGUGAUCUAGCAGCACUUAUAUUACAGCAUUUGGAGAAACUAAAGAUCUCACCAGAGCCCCUUUUUCGCAAUUCAAGUGGUCCCAUCGAACCAAUUAUUCUAUUCCAGAAAAUGGGAGUGGGAUGUCUUGAACUUUAUAUCCUAAAUCCAGUGAAACGUAGCAAAGAGAUAGAGUCUUUCAUGAAUAACUGGCCAGAUAAUAGCUCAAAAUCCAAAAGUGUAGAUGGACACCUAACAUCUUUAGUCUCUAUAUGUGCUUUACUAGUUUGGCAUCCAGCUAACCCAGCUGAGAAAAUAAUCAGAGUUCUCUUCCCUGGCUCUACACCACAAGGAAAGAUAAUGGAUGGUCUGGAGAGACUUAAGCAUCUAGAGUUUCUCAAGCAGCCUGUAGUGUGCUCCAAAGAUUUUGAAACAAGAAAAUCAGACAAGAAUACAAAAAUUUCAGAGAGUCAAGACAAUCCCAAAUCUGGUAAAAAUGAAUCAAGAUCAAGUAAUGGUGCUUCAAAUGACAGAGUGGGUCGUGGAGUUCAAGAACACAAAGACAAAACCAAAGCCAUGACUGGGAAUGAUCCAAAAAGUGAAGCAAAUAUGAAAACUGUAGAAAGCAAUGCAAAACAAAACCCCUCGAGACUUGUUACAAGAAAGGAGUCUCUAAAGGACAAAAGCAAUGAAAAAACAAACAAAUCAGACUCAAAGAAGCAAGAAAAUGGGCAGAAAAAAACAUCAGGUAGCAAGGAUUUUUCAAUUAGAAGACCAAAGUUAGACAGCAAAACUGAAGAGAAAAAGGCAGCAAAGUCUCUUGGGAAAGAUGCCAAGAAAUUCUCAACAGAACUACUAAACUCAAAUAAGCCUGGAAAUGUAAAAAUUGAAACAAAAUUACUCAAACAAACAGAGGAAAAAGCCAAAAACUUUAAGUCUAACAAACAGCAGCAGAAUCAGAAGUUGUCAACAGAUUCAGAAGAUGUAAAUUGCUCCAUAAUAUCCUCACCUGAAGAUAUGACUGCAGAAUUUCUGCAAAUGGAUCGAGAACAACACGAAUUACUUGUGAAGAGUCAAGCUGUUGAAUCUGGAAACCUCAAAAGUGUCUCAAUGGGACAGUCUAAGUGUACUAGCAUAGUUAACCCUGCAGCAACUGCAAGAACCUUUGUCAAAAUAAAAACAGAGCGCAAUGUGAAUCUAGACCUUACUCCCACUGAGUAUACCUUGCUGGAUGGUGCUUUAAAAGAAAAUAUUCCAAAAAAUGAGCAUGAGGAAGUUUGUGUCAGUCCGGAUGAAAAAACAUUAGAGCUAACAACUCCUAGAUCAGGUCCUAACAGCGCUGGUCAUACUCCUUAUCACCUGUCACCUGAAGAGACCUGGGCCUCCAAGGAUCAUAGUAGUUUUGGGGUUAAGAUGUGUCUUGGUUCAGAAAGCCAGCAGAUGGGACUGUCCAAGUUUUCAGAAUCUGGAUGCCCUAAAAGUACCCAAGAGAGCAUCUCGACUUCCUCUAAAGAGAAGCAUUCUAGUUUCUUGUCUCUCAGCUCUUAUAAGGAUAUAAUGCCUGAUAUAUCUCCCACUGUUACCACCACUCACUCAAUGCCUGCAGAAGUAAGUUCACCACAGUCCACUGAGGUUGAUGAGUCAUUGUCAAUGUCUUUUGAACAAGUGCUGCCAACUGUGAGUGAGUCCACCAACGAAGACGAAACUUCCUACUCCAAUGGACACCAUGUCAAUUCUGAUUUCAAAGUAGGGAUGUCUUUGUCUUUAAAGAAGCCUCACACCCAGAGGACACCUCAUGAUGGCUCUGAUGGGUGUCCAUCUGGACAACAGGGCCUGGCGUUAGAAACUAACCAUGACGUUGAUCUCUGCUUGGUCUCUCCAUGUGAGUUUAAACAUUUCAAACCGGUUGGCGAGCAAGAGGAUCCACUCUCACCAGGCAUCUGUAACACCAGCCCAUUAAACCUUUCUGAUGAUAGUGACCACUCCCAAGAUGCAGCUAAGCCAUUUCCACCUUCAUGUUCAGGUAGCAAGACCUCUCAUCCAGCUCAGGACACCCCUCUCACUUCUACCAGCGACUGUUUCCCUAUGGCGACAGACUCAGAUGUACAUCCGGGUAUAGAGGAUUGCUCCAUUACAGCAGACGGUCUUUUGGAUUCUGAUGAAGAAGGUGUUGUCCACUUGCAGUCCCAUAACCUAAAUGAUGGUUUGAAUUCUUACAGAGGGAAUCAUCCUUUGCCGAAGGAUCCCCCACCUGUGCCUGUAAAAGACUUACCUCCUCUUCCACCUCAGCCUGGUGCCUGUAUGCCUGAUCCUGUUAGUGGUGUAAAGUCAGGUGUAACAAAAGGCAGAAAAUCAGCAGGAGUCACACAGAGAUUAACAUCCUCUAGUGCUUCAACUCUAGGCACCAAAUCCAGGGCUGGAAGUCAAGGAACUUCUGUUAGCGGCUCACGAAGCAGCUCAGUAGGAGAUGUAGUGGCUAGUCGUAGUACAGGCUCUGCUUCUAAAAGAUCCACAACAGCAGGUAGCAAGGUUGGUGCUUCAGUAUACUUGGACUUGGCUUACCUUCCAUCGGGCCAUGCAGCUUCCACUGUUGAUGUUGAGUUCUUCUGCCGCAUACGCUCAUCCUGUUACAUAAUUAGUGGGGAUGACACGCUCAAGGAAGGCUUGAUGAGGUCUAUUCUGGAUGCCUUAUUGGAGGGAAAAUCUAUUUGGCCUAAUGAUUUGCCAGUGACCCUGAUUCCUACGUUUGAAUCAUCGAUGAUGCAUGAGUGGUACAGAGAAACUCAAGAAAAACAGCGGCAGCUGGGCAUUACAGUCCUAGGCAGCAACAGCACUGUGGCUAUGCAGGAAGAGACGUUCCCUGCGUGUAAAGUAGAGUUCUGCUAGAUGGACAUUGAGGGCACAUGUUUUAAUUUUUUAUUUGUGUAUCCCAGCCACACAUGCAUAUUUUCACCACCAUAGAUCCACAUGCGAUGUAAUGUUUUGGCAGAUGCUUUAUCUAUCAACAUACUGUAUGUUGUGUUCAUGAAAGAUACCUUAAGAGGUUCUGUAGCUGAAACUGAAAAUCACAGUAAAAUCAUGAGAAUUAAAUCAACACAGAUAGAUGUAUUUACUCUAGGAGUAUAACUCUAAUGGCUAAUUACUGAGGAGAGGAUUUGCUAGAUUUAUCAUAACCAAGAUUUCAAAUCCAAAGAGGUGUACCCAAUUAUUAAUAAAAGGCUUUAUUGUGGUUUAUUCGGUUGACUGUAAGGCUACGUUCACACUGCAGGCGAAUGUGGCCCGAAUCAGAUUUUUUUCCCCUCAUGUGACUCAGGUGAUGACAGUGUGAACAGCCCAAACCGCAUGGAAUCUGAUCUUUUCAGUUCAGAUUUGUGCCACUUUUGUACCACUGAUCUUAAAUCACUCUCAGAUCUGAUGUUUUGCAUGCGACCGCAGUGUGAACGGUUAUGUCGGAUUUCAUGUGACUUUUACAUAAUCUUUGAGCGACAUGCGUCAUCAUUCUGUGAUGCAGACUUCAUCUACUCCUUAGCAUCACAGUAGAAUGGCACACAUGGUGAUUACCACAGAAUAAUAAUAAUGGAGAUAAACAAACUCUGCCAUCACAGUUCAGUCUGCGGCCGCUAACCCUUUAUGAGUUCACUACACCGGUGGUCAGAGUGCCACGCACCGCUGUUGUCAUAAAUCACAAAUGAUGAGUGUUUUCAAUCACAAGAGACUUAUUUUAGGUCUCAAAUGCCGAAGUACACAUUAGUAGUAGCAGAACAACCCUUAACAGUUCAUGAAAUACACCACGGUUGUCUGUGAAAAAAACAAUAUUCAUAUAAGCAUGAUCUGACAACGUGCUCACAUCAUACAGUAAACACAUUGUGUGCAUAAUUAGACAUUUUGUCCUGUCCGUAGCUGUACUUUUGCGCAUGCGGGUCAGUUUAGUAACAGGAUCUGUUCACACUGCAAAUAUGAUAUUGGCCACAUUUAUAAGAGCAGUAUGAACAGCCAUGCAAAAAAAUCAGAUCUGAGCACUAAGCCUCGCAGUGUGAACGUAGCCUAAGAGUCUUAUGAUGAUUGUCCAAUUUCGAUAUGGAGAACAAUGUGCCUGAACAUAGUAGGACUAGCCAAUUGCAUUGAUAAUGUAUCUCACUGUGCAUGAAGACUAUUUAAACAGCCAUUCAGACACAGAAAAUUGGAAUUAGCAAUUAGUUUAGAUUAUGUGUGGUCCCAAUAUAUUUCUUUCAGGUUUCCAAACAUAUCAUCAUGAUUGUACACACACACACACACACACACACACACACACACACACACACACACACACACACACACACACACACACACACACACACACACAACCACGCAAAACCCCUUUUUUUUCUUUUUUUUUUUUUACUUGACAACACAAGGUUUUGUUUUUUCUCUUAAAGCAUCCUUUUUCUGAUUGUCUUGGGACCAGUGGCUUUACUCUAAAUCACACAAAUAUGGCAUGAAUGCAUUGGACAAUGAUAAAAAAAUCUAUGUAAAAUCAAAUCUGUAGAAAUAUCAUAGCAUGUAAGUUGUCAUUUUAAUUCAUCCCGUUUGGAAAUCUGAUAUGUGGUAGGUGUGCUAACUGUGACACAAGUGUGACUUGUAACUGCAACGCAAAGCCUCUAAAAUCUACUCUAUGCCUACUGUGCUUGUGUUCUGCUGUAGUGGACACUGGACUUUAUUUUCCUAUAUGCAUUUCCUUAAUUCAGCACUAUAAAGAGAAUGUCUGAUAAGUUUGUGGAGCACAAGAGACUUUUGAAUUCAUGCAUUGCUACAGUACAUCCACAUAUAGAGUAACUUGUAAAAGCAUUUAAAUGUCAUUGUAAAUACUGUGCUGAUCUCACAAUGCACUUGUGUUUAGACACAUGAUUAAUGGGAAAAAUGCCUAAAAGUGGAGAGGGAAAAUGAAUAAAUAUAAUUCAUUCAAUACUGUAAACUAUCAAUAAAAUAGUUGCUGAAAUUUGA